CACAAAGAAAAUCCCCAACCUCCCCCAAAUCAACUCGAUGCAACCACCGUGUGCCAUCGGCUGCGCAGCUCCAAGCCCGUUCCCGUUGCCGCGUCUCCCUACCUCUUCUCUGCUCGCGUAGCUCCGGCCGCCGGCGUCGGAAGCCUCCGCCACUGAGCCUCCCUGCCAUCCUCCACGCGCCAGAUCGUCGCAGCCCCCCAUCCAAAGCCGUGCGCCGGCCGCAGCGCCACCUCGUGGCCAAGAAGGCCGCAGUCAGGACGACGGCGAGAUGCGCCUCCUUGAGGUUUGCAUCGACGCCGAUAAGCCCAUCGCGGAGGCAUGCUGCCCCUACCCCUCGGAGUCCGCCACGGCCGUCCGCUGCUACAAGCGGCCACCAGGCCUUUGCUGCCACCGGUCGCCGACCCUGCUACAAACCGUGCUCACCUUUGCUACUAGCCGCCCGCCUCGGCUGCCCGCUGCUACAAUCUGCCGGCAGCGCUGCUACCAAAGGCCACCGGCGCUGCUACAAUCCGUCCACCGUCGGUGCUACUUCAAUUCAUCGGCGGCGCUGCUUCAAUCCGUCGCCGUCGGCGCUACGCCCGGCGCCCGGCGUUGCUACUAGCAGCGCCAUGCUUUGCAGCCAGCGGCAAUGGCAGUUGCUGCGAGCAGCGCCCGGCUUGCUACUAGCAGCGAUGACUUGCAGUUAGCGGCGCCCGGCGUUGCUACUAUGGGCGCCAUGAGUUGCUGCGAGCUGCCAACGAGACUGGGAUGCUGCAAAGGUUCCGGCGGUCUUCUCCGGCGGCAGUGCCACAGUGGGGCACCGUAGCAGCAGUAGCAGCAGUGCGACGCCGUCCCACAAUCCCGCUCCAUUAUCAAUCAAAUUACAGAAUUCAGAAUUUAAAAGAUUUAGACCGUCUGAAAAAUGAAGAACAAGUAGGACAAGUGUAGUAUCAAUUCUUCUUGCAAGUAAAGGACAGUGACAUCAUUUCUGGCUUACAAAAGGGAAAUUGUAGAGAACACUCUCCAGAUCCAGGGAGUGCGUGGAAGCGCUCAGGGUAAUCCAGACCAACUUGAUGACCUUGAGGUCAAGUUUUUUUUAGGAGAGACCACACUUGAAGCUAAGUACCAGAAGAUGUAUGAACCACUAUACUCAAAGCAUUAUGAUGUUGCCUACGAUGUGGUUGAGGUAGAAGGUGCCACCAAAGAAGGCUCAGAUGAAACUGCUAAAGAUCAGAUAGAGGAAAAAGGUGUGUCAGAUUUCUGGUUAAAUGCAAUGAAGAACCAUGAAAUCCUGGCCGACGAUGAAAGGGACAUGGAAGCUCUUAAGUAUCUCAAGGACAUCAAGUGCUUCAGAAUAACUGAGCCGAAUGGUUUUAAGCUUGAAUUUCACUUUGAUACUAACCCAUUGUUCAAGAACGCAGUGCUUACGAAAACCUAUCAGAUGAUUGAUGAAGAUGAACCAAUUCCAGAAAAAGCCGUUGGUACGAAAAUCGAAUGGUAUCCUGGGAAGUGCUUGACACGGAAAGUGCUAAAAAAGAAGGCACAGAAGGGGUCCAAUAAUACUAAACCUAACACAAAAACUGAAACUUGCGAGAGCUUCUUUAAUUUCUUCAGUCCACCUCAAGUUCCUGAUGAUGAUGAGGAAAUUGGCGAGGAUACAGCUGAACAGUUGCAGAACCAAAUGGAACAAGAUUAUUAUAUUGGAUCUACAAUCAGAGACAAGAUUAUCCCACAUUUUGUUUCAUGGUUCACUGGAGAGGCUGCGCAGGAGGAGGACUUUGAAUUGGAGGAUGAAGAAGACGAGGUUAAUAAAGAUGAUGAUCACUCCGCCUCUUGCCGCCCCAUCCGCGUCAUCCAGCUCCAGCACCUCAUUCCCCUGCCGAUUGUCCAACAGGAGUUCUUCCCCUGCCAUUUGCCACCGCUGUGCCCUGAAGCUUACCCAGGUGCUGGAUCUAUGUACCUGGCGACGUCUCUGCCUGACGACAUGUUGGCGGACGUCCUCUGCCGCCUUGCGCCGCGCGGCCUCGCUAAAUCCCGCUGUGUCUGCAAGUCGUGGCGCCGCGUCGUUGAUGGCCAUCACCUGCUACGCGCGGACCUCCUCCCACUCUCAUUGGGCGGCAUCUUCCUCAACUUCCACGACAUGGUUUCUACGCAGUUCCUCUCCCGCCCGACGACGGGCGCCGCCGUCUCUGGCAAGCUCUUCUGCUACACCUUGGCUGCUUGCCAUCCCGACUACGACUAUGUGCCCUAUCCCAAAGUACUUGGUCACUGCAAUGGCCUCCUCUUGUUCCGUCACUGCGUGGUUAACCCUGCCACACGGCAGUGGGCACCUCUGCCCCCAGCUCCAGACCUGCCUCUGCCCCCACCAGGCAUUCAUUUUUGGAUGCGCUGGUACCUCGUGUUUGACCCCACUCUGUCACCCAACUAUUUUGAUGUGCUCAUAAUGCCCAAAAUUCCAUCCAUUCGGAACAACGAAUGUGAGAAACUUGAAUGGCCGCCGUAUACAUUGACCCUUCCUGUAUUUUCAUCAAAGGCUUGUUCGUGGGAGGAGAGGACAUUUCGUCGGGAAGGGGAGGCUGCAGGGAUGUUACCAGACAUGGUUGAGUCACCACAGUUUUGCAAUGAUUAUCAGUGUGCCUACAGGGAAGCACUGUAUGUAUGUUGCUCCUGUUUUGUUCUGAGAAUAUCGCUGUCAGACAAUACGUAUCGAGUAAUAAGACUGCCACCAGUAAGUUUCCUCAAAGACAACCCCAGAGGUCGUUAUGAAUUUUAUCUUGGAAAAUCAACCAAGGGGAUAUAUUGCGCAUCACUACCAUAUAUGCCCAGUGCCGAACUUCAGGUUUGGUUCCUUGAUGACCUCAACGAGUGGGUGCUUAAGCAUGACACGGUCAUGCCCCCCCCCCCCCCCCCCCCCAAAUCUCAAUUAUGA